AUGGCUUUGCGCUCAGCCUGGUGCUCUGUGCUGCCUCUGUGGCUCCUCUGGGGCGCUGUCUGCUCCAGCGCGGCCGCGUCCGGGGAGGACAACGCUUUUCCUUUUGACAUUGAAGGGAGCUCCGUGGUCGGCAGGCAAGACCCGCCUGAGACAAGCGAGUCCCGCGUGACUUUAGGACGGCUGCCGCCUGCUGCCGAGAAAUGCGGAGCUGGCUUCUUUCGUUCCCUGUCAGGAGAAUGUUUGCCCUGUGACUGUAACAGUAAUUCCAAUGAGUGCUUGGACAGCUCUGGAUUCUGUGUGAACUGCCAGCGAAACACGACAGGGGAGCACUGUGAAAAGUGUCUGGAUGGUUACAUCGGAGAUUCCAUCAGGGGAGCACCCCAAUUCUGCCAGCCAUGCCCCUGUCCCCUGCCCCACAUUGCCAGUUUUGCAGAAUCCUGCUAUUGGAAAAAUGGAGCUGUUCGAUGUAUUUGUCAAGAAAACUAUGCUGGACCCAACUGUGAAAGAUGUGCCCCUGGUUACUUUGGAAACCCGUUACUGAUUGGAAGUACCUGUAAGAAAUGUGACUGCAGUGGAAAUUCAGAUCCCAAUCUGAUCUUUGAAGAUUGCGAUGAAGUCACCGGCCAGUGUAGGAAUUGCUUACGCAACACCACUGGAUUCAACUGUGAACGCUGCGCUCCUGGCUACUAUGGGGACGCCAGGAUAGCCAAGAACUGUGCAGUGUGCAGUUGUGGGGGAGGCCCUUGUGACAGCGUAACCGGAGAAUGCUUGGAAGAAAAUUUUGAACCCCCUACAGGCAUGGACUGCCCAACCAUAAGCUGUGACAAGUGCAUCUGGGAUCUGACAGACGACCUGCGGUUAGCGGCACUCUCAAUCGAAGAAAGCAAAUCCGGUCUAUUGAGUGUGUCUUCUGGUGCCGCUGCUCAGAGGCAUGUGAAUGAAAUGAACUCCACCAUCUACCUCCUCAAAACGAAAUUGUCGGAAAGAGAAAACCAGUACGUCUUAAGAAAGAUACAGAUCAACAAUGCUGAGAAUACAAUGAAAAGCCUUCUGUCUGACGUGGAGGAAUUAGCUGAAAAGGAAAAUCAAGCCUCGAGAAAGAGUCAGCUGAUUCAGAAGGAAACCGUGGAUACCAUUAACCAUGCAACUCAGCUUGUUGAACAAACCCACAAUAUGAGGGAUAAAAUCCAAGAGAUCAACAACAAGAUGCUCUAUUAUGGAGAGGAGCAGGAACUUAGCCCUGAGGAAAUCUCUGAGAAGCUGAUGUUGGCCCAAGAGAUGCUUGAGGAGAUUAGACGCCGUCAACCGUUCCUCACCCAACGGGAGCUUGUGGAUGAGGAGGCAGACGAAGCUCAUGAGCUGUUGAGCCAGGCUGAGAGUUGGCAGCGGCUGUACAAUGAUACCCGCUCCCUGUUUCCUGUUGUCCUGGAGCAGCUGGAUGACUACAAUGCUAAGUUGUCAGACCUCCAGGAAUCGCUUGACCAGGCCCUUGACCAUGUCAGAGAUACUGAAGACAUGAACAGGGCCGCAGCAGCCAGGCAGCGGGACCACGAGAAACAACACGAGAGAGUGAGGGAACAAAUGGAAGUGGUGAACACAUCUCUGAGGGCAUCUGGUGACUCUCUGAGAACCCCUCGCCUGACUCUUUCAGAACUUGAUGAUAUAAUAAAGAAUGCAUCAGGGAUUUAUGCAGAAAUAGAUGGAGCCAAAAAUGAACUACAAGGAAAACUAUCCAACCUGAGUAACAUCAGUCAUGAUUUGGUCCAGGAAGCUAUUGACCAUGCACAGAACCUUCACAAAGAGGCUGAUGAAAUGAACAGGAACUUGCACAGUUCAGAUACCAAUGGGCUGGUACAGAAGGCUUUGGAUGCAGCAAAUGUCUAUGAAAAUAUUGCCAAUUAUGUUGGUGAAGCCAAUGAAACGGCAGGAUUGGCUCUGAACAUCACUGACCGAAUAUAUGACGCUGUGAGCGGAAUUGAUACUCAAAUCAUUUACCAUAAAGAUGAAAGCGAAAACCUCCUCAGUCAAGCCAGAGAACUGCAAGCAAAGGCAGAUUCUAGCAAUAAUGAGGUAGUGGCUGGCACCAGCAGGCGUGUGGAUGGAGCCCUGGCCAGGAAGAGUGCCCUUAAAAACAGAUUAAAUGAUGUCAUUAAGCGCUUACAAGCAGCAGAGAGAGGUGAUGCUCAGCAGCGCGUGGAUCAGUCCAAGCAGAUCACGGCAGAAGCUAACAAGACGAUUCAAGUCUCUAUGAUGUUUGAUGGCCAGUCAGCUGUUGAAGUCCACCCCAAAACCAGUGUGGAUGACAUAAAGGCCUUCACAUCUCUGAGUCUGUACAUGAAACCUCCUGUGAAGCAGCCAGAACAGAGUGGCACUGCGGAUCAGUUUAUUCUGUAUCUCGGAAACAAAAACCAAUUGAUCCCUCCUGAUGAUGUGUCCAAAACAAACAAGUCGGACAAUAUUCUAUUAAUGAAAAUUAUUUAUCUUAACAGGAUAGGAAAACAUGGGAAGAUAUUUUUAACAGUCCCAAGUCUCAGUAGCACAGCAGAGGAGAAGUUCAUUAAAAAGGGGGAAUUUUCAGGAGAUGACUCCUUGUUGGAUCUGGACCCUGAGGACACUGUGUUUUACGUUGGUGGGGUGCCUUCAAACUUCAAGCUUCCUGCCAGCUUAAACCUGCCUGGCUUCAUUGGCUGCCUGGAAUUGGCUACUUUGAAUAAUGAUGUGAUCAGCUUAUAUAACUUUAAGCACAUCUAUAAUAUGGACCCCUCUAAGUCAGUGCCCUGUGCCAGAGAUAAACUGGCCUUCACUCAAAGUCGGGCUGCCAGCUACUUCUUCGAUGGCUCUAGUUACGCUGUGGUGAGGGAUAUCACAAGGAGAGGGAAAUUCGGUCAGGUCACUCGCUUUGACAUAGAAGUUCGAACACCAGCUGAUAACGGCCUUGUGCUCCUGAUGGUCAAUGGAAGUAUGUUUUUCAGCCUGGAAAUGCGCAGUGGUUACCUACAUGUGUUCUAUGACUUUGGAUUCAGCAAUGGCCCUGUGCAUCUAGAAGACACGUUGAAAAAAGCUCAGAUUAAUGAUGCUAAAUACCAUGAGGUACAAAUUGUCAUAGUAUUUGUUUGUUUGUUGUUUUUGACCCUACGGGCACACCUUCCCCUGGAUAUCAACUUCAGGGGAUGCAUGAAGGGUUUUCAGUUCCAAAAGAAAGAUUUCAAUUUAUUAGAGCAGAAAGAAACUCUGGGAGUUGGUUAUGGGUGUCCAGAAGAUUCUCUUAUAUCACGCAGAGCAUAUUUCAAUGGGCAGAGUUUCAUUGCUUCAAGUCAGAAAAUAUCUUUCUUUGAUGGCUUCGAAGGAGGUUUUAGUUUCCGAACAUUACAGCCAAAUGGGUUAUUAUUCUAUUAUGCUUCAGGGUCAGAUGUGUUCUCCAUUUCACUGAAUAACGGUACUGUGAUCAUGGAUGUAAAGGGAAUCAAAGUUCAAUCGCCAGAUAAGCAGUACAAUGAUGGGCUGUCCCACUUCAUCAUUACCUCUGUCUCACCCACCAGAUAUGAACUGAUAGUAGAUAAAAGCAGACUUGGGAGUAAGAAUCCCGCCAAAGGGAGAGUAGAACAGACACAACCAAGUGAAAACAAGUUUUACUUCGGUGGCUCACCCAUCAGUCCUCAGUACAGUAAUUUCACUGGCUGUAUAAGCAAUGCCUACUUUACCAGGUUGGACAGAGAUGUGGAGGUUGAAGAUUUCCAGCGAUAUUCCGAAAAGGUCCACACUUCCCUGUAUGAGUGUCCCAUUGAGUCUUCACCAUUGUUUCUUCUUCACAAAAAAGGAAAAAAUUCCUCAAAGCCUAAAACAAAUCAGAAUAAAAAGGGAGAGAAAAGUAAGGAUGCACCUUCAUGGGAUCCUGUUGGCCUGAAAUUCCAACAGCGGAAUGCUCCGAGAGAUUCUCAUUGCCACCUUUCCAACAGCCCUAGAGCAAUAGAGCGUGCCUAUCAGUAUGGAGGGACGGCCAACAGCCGCCAAGAGUUUGAACACUUAAAAGGAGACUUUGGUGAAAAAUCUCAGUUUUCCAUUCGUCUGAAAACUCGCUCCUCCCAUGGGAUGAUUUUCUAUGUCUCAGAUCAAGAAGAGAAUAACUUCAUGACUCUAUUCUUGGCCCACGGCCGUUUGGUUUUCAUGUUUAACGUUGGCCACAAGAAACUGAAGAUUAGAAGCCAGGAGAAAUACAAUGAUGGAUUGUGGCACGAUGUGAUAUUUAUUCGGGAAAAGAGCAGUGGCCGACUUGUAAUUGAUGGUCUUCGAGUCCUAGAGGAAAGUCUGCCUCCUACUGAAGCUUCCUGGAAAAUCAAGGGCCCUAUUUACUUGGGAGGCGUGGCUCCUGGAAGGGCUGUGAAAAAUGUCCAGAUUAACUCAGUCUACAGUUUCAGUGGCUGUCUCAGCAAUCUCCAGCUCAAUGGGGCCUCCAUCACCUCUGCUUCACAGACAUUUAGUGUGACCCCUUGUUUUGAAGGUCCAAUGGAAAUGGGAACAUACUUCUCAACAGAAGGAGGAUAUGUGGUUCUAGAUGAAUCUUUCAAUAUUGGAUUGAAGUUUGAGAUUGGAUUUGAAGUACGUCCCAGAAGCAGUUCCGGAACCCUUGUUCACGGCCACAGUGUCAAUGGGGAGUACCUAAAUGUUCACAUGAAAAAUGGGCAGGUUAUAGUAAAAGUCAACAACGGCAUCAGAGACUUCUCCACCUCAGUAACCCCCAAGCAGAAGCUCUGUGAUGGUAGAUGGCAUAGAAUUACAGUUAUUAGAGAUUCAAAUGUGGUUCAGUUGGAUGUAGAUUCUGAAGUGAACCAUGUGGUUGGACCCCUGAAUCCAAAAUCAGUUGAUCACAGGGAGCCUGUAUUUGUUGGAGGUGUUCCAGAGUCUCUACUGACACCACGCUUGGCCCCGAGCAAGCCCUUCACAGGCUGCAUUCGUCACUUUGUGAUUGAUGGGCGCCCAGUGAGCUUCAGUAAAGCAGCCCUGGUCAGUGGCGCCGUGAGCAUCAACUCUUGUCCCACAGCCUGAUACCCCAGAGCAGAGCUGCCCAAGUAUACAGUUCUUUAGAGCACUGAAAGAAACGCAAAACCAGCCAGGAGAAACCGCAACUCUUCCUCCUGGUGGAAGCUUUCAACUAGUUGACCGUGACUUAAAUGAAUCAUCAGGGACGGGAUGUUUAUUAUUUC